AGAUUGAAUAAUAUUUUUCCUUUUUUUCAUACAUCUGCUUGUUACCUUCUCUAGCAUGUCUUUGUUUAGCAUUACCUCAUAGCCUUUUCAAAAAUUUUUACCUGGGUUGCUAUGAGACAUACCCUGGUACUUGGCAGUAAUUAAUCAACCAAUCAAGCGUUUUUACUAUGCUAGUGAAACGUGUUUCAUGCAAUGUAUGCUAAGCUAAAUACCAAAGUGAUAAAAUCAAUAAUAACAAAAUUAUCACAGUAAAAUACUAAAAUGAAGAAAAUAAGCGUGGUGUGUUUGUAGUUCUGACACUGAUUUCAAGGACUACAACUCCCAGCACGGAAGAGAGACCUUCACGUCGAGCGCACGAGCCUCGUACCUCAACGGCAGCAGCUGGUGCAGCCGAGGACGUUACUUUGUUACAGCGGAGACCGGAGAGAAAACGGCCGAGCUGUGUCUCUCGGAAAAGUGUAAACAUUUCGGGUGAACGGCGCGACCAAACGCCUGUUGCCGUCGUUUGUCGGCGGGAGGUGUUUCAUGAACUUGUCAGCGGAUUUGAACAUUGCCUUUUUUGCCGAAAAAAAAGAGGUCUUUCUCAAAGUUGAGCCGAAGAGGAGUUCUCUCGUUCAGGAUGUCGGACUGAGACAAAGGGGUCUGGGGGGCAUUCCCGUUGGAGCGCAGGUAAAUCUUGAUUCUUGAAGUCCCCCCCUGGAUGGGAAAGAUGGAGAGGGAGCUGCAUUGGUGGAAAGGACAGCUGGCUGCAGAUAUCCAUCAAUCCCUCCGCAUAAAGGAGCUGAAGCUACCGGUCUACAGGGCCCACUCGCCGCAGAUUGGCAUGCGCCGAUACUUUGCAGACUUGCUGGCCAUCCUGAGUAAUCGCUACCAGCUAUGUCCUACAGCACGUCACCUAGCCGUGUACCUGCUGGAUUUGUUCAUGGACCACUACGAUGUGGCUGUCAAGCAGCUCUAUGUCAUUGCCCUCUCCUGUUUGCUCCUAGCUAGUAAGUGCUCUUUCUUAUACCUUCUUCCCUAAACCCAUCUACAUGUUUGUUUUAUCUUUUAGGUUUGCUUGACAGGAACAUUUAUUUAAAG